UUGUCUAGUAACACGUCCAGCCAUGAGGAGUUUGGCGCCAAUAAUACAGCAUACUGCCAGUGCGGCGCUAAAUACACUACUUCCACCAACACCAGCACUACUUCCACCAACACCAGCACUACUUCCACCAACACCAAUCCCAUCACCCCCACCAAUGUCUGGCGAUUGUAUUCCAACCAUAAUGCAGUGGUAUUCACCCCUGGGGUCGCGACUCGCAAAAAGUAG